UCUGCAUUCAUACACCGCAUUCCAUCCCAUCGCAUUACUGUCAUGGGUGUCAAAUUGAAUCCCACGAGCGAGUUGGCCCGACUCUUCAAGCUCGACAUUAACGGCUACGCUCUCACCGCUUUUGACCUUGUUCAGCAGCUCAACAACAGCACUCCGAACCUCAAUCCCGGCAACCCGCUCAUUCACGCAAGUCUCGCUCCGUCCUUUGGCGACAUCAGCAAUGCUGCAAAGUCAGUCAAGGGACUCGACGAUAAGAUGAAGUUCAUGGUUGCAUUCUCGAUGAAGAAACUCCUCGAACUCAAGGACAAGAACAGCCUUUCCUGGGAGAGCAUCCAAGAAUGCUUCAACCAAAAUCCGAGUCUGGUCGCUGACGACAGCCCUAAGGAGAUAGUGAAGGACUUUACCACGAAGAGUUCGUCCGAUUUCAGGUUCGACGGGUCUCCCGAUCCCAACCUCGUCCAAAAGGUCAUGGUAUGGUGGGAAGGCCAGGCUUGCCCUGAUCCGGACAUUAGGAACGACUCGAAACUCGACGUCAACUCACUCGCCAGGGUCGUUGCGUGGUCUGGUGCGACGAUUACUGAUUUCUGGAAUUUCUGGUCCAAGCACGAGCACCAUGAGCGUACCCUACUUGAAAUCGGAGUUUUGAGGUAUCCAAGCAUUGCAAAACCCUACUUCAAGAUCUACAGGAUCAAGCUCCACGCUUGGUCCGACUGCACUCGUACCGUGUGGCACCAAGAGGAUAAGAACGGUAUCCGAUCGACGACCUCCUAUACAGCCGUCAUUUCUCAAACAUUCAGGCCUAACAAUCAUUUCCUUGACCAAGUCAAGAAGGAGGCAUUGUCGACAGCCGCUGCGGAGAUUGACGAUUUGUUUCCCUAGAGUUCUCGCACACAAGGUGCUAAUUCCGAGUCCGAGAGCUACAGAGGAAUAGGGCUGUGUGCCUUCUGCGAAGUUUGUUGUUCGUUUUCCCCGUUUUUAAAGUUUAAAAAAAAUUAUUUUGUGUUCCCACCGUUGCGCCUCC